UGGCAGUGUGUGAAGGAGAGGAAGAAGGAAGCAAUGGCAAUUCCCAUAUUGAGGGCUGCAAUCAUUCCUCACUCUCAACCACUCCUUCAUUCUUCUAUAUCUGGUGGUAUUGAUGAAACUGCCAAAAAGAAGAAAAGACUGUUGCUUCCUUGUUCUUCUUCUUCUUCUGAGCUAAACCCUGCAAUUCGGUCAGAGGUUUCAUUUUCUGUUGGGUCUUGCCUCCUUCCUCAUCCAGACAAGGUUGAUAGAGGUGGGGAAGAUGCUUUGCUUGUCAGCAACUAUAAUGGGGGAGUUCUUGCUAUUGCUGAUGGUGUUUCUGGUUGGGCAGAAGAGGAUGUGGAUCCUUCGUUGUUCCCACGUGAAUUGCUGGCUAAUGCUUCUAAUUUUGUUGAAGAUAUGGAGGUAAUUAUGACAAUGAAUAUUGUUUUUAAGUUAUAUCUCUUCUUCAUUUUGUUGCUAGCAAAGGCAUUAGCUAACUUGGCAAGAAUUCAUGCCACGGAUUCAAAUUUUGAUUCUCCCUAUUCAUUGGAGGCCAGGUCUAAGGGUUAUGAUGCGCCGCUAUGGAAGAAGAUUCUUGGAAUGAAGCUUACAGGUGGGAAGCUUGAUGAUAUUACCGUAAUUGUUGGUCAGGUUGUAAGUUCCUGAGAACUGCUAAUCCAUCUUGAUUAGUUGAUUAUACUUGAAGAAAGCAAAGAUCCUGAUUGUGGAGAUCACCAUAGCAACAAUUCUCUUCAGUAUACUGUGAUCACUAAAUGUUGGUGAUGCACUCGAAAAAUGGACAUAAGGAUUUUUCAUGGAAAUAUUUAUGCUUUGCUAUGAAGUGUUAUGUUGUGCAUCAUGCAUUUAGAGAGUGUUGUAUAAUGUGAUAUUCUUUAUAAAUUAAAUUUCUGUUUUUGAAAUGUUACGUCUGUUUCUGAUGAAGGGUAGUUAUGUAAGUAAUUCUACAGAAAAAUAACGUUAUAAUUACUGUCAAUUUGAAUUAGAAUUCUGG